AUGCCGCCAGCAAGGCUGCUUCAAGGAUUUGCUGCCACGGCGGUUUUUCUCAUCUGCUGGUUUCUGCUGAUUCCAUCUGGAUACAGCCCGAGCGGCCUCACCUCUCGGUGGCACCACGAUGCGCCACGCCGGGAGAAUCUGACCUUGGAUGUCGAGAUUCUGAAGCGCCUGGAUGUGCCUGUGAAGUUCAGCUAUGAGCGGCAUUGUAUCAGCGUGCGGGAGAAACCCGGACUGAAAAGAGAGCCACUGAUUGAAGUACCAACAUCACUACGCAGCAGAGAAGGGUCUGUGGAAAUCACCCUGGAUGAGAACUUCACUCCUAACCAGGAGUCGCAAAGCAUGUUCCCUCCGUGUGGGAGUGAGACUACAGUAAAUGUACCGGAAUUCCACUCACACGCGAAAACCUCCACAUCAUCUCUCAUGCUAGGCGUGGCGACCACUCUGACGCGGAUCGAGGAGAGUCUGCCGACGUUCUCGAGGUGGCUCUCAGAAACGGGCUCUCCACUGCUUGUUUUGCUGGUCGACCAGCCCAAUCUUGAUGAUAAGGCGGAAGAUGUGCUGCGUGUGUACGCUCUGGCUUUCGAGCUAAAAAUAUUUCUCAUUCUCGAGCCAUAUCACUCAACAUUUGAAGCGGACAGCGAAGGGCUCAAGAACUUUGGUCUGGCAACAGUGCUUGAUAAGCACAAACGAGAGGAAACAAAAUGGUUCGGCAUCAUCGACGACGACACAUUCUUUUUGUCACUACCCCGAAUGGUGGAAGCUUUGGAGCCUUACGACCCCGAAAAGCCGUGGUACAUCGGAGCACUGACUGAAGGGCAUACUCGUGUUAGCAAGGAAGGAUUCAAGGCAUGGGGAGGCGCUGGAUUCUUCGUCUCUCCGCCUCUUAUGCAAACGCUCGCCGAGCAUUCUGUGCAGUGCAUACACCUCGACAAGUUCUUCGGCGACAUUCUAUGGCGAGACUGCAUCAUGGAAAUAACUUCGCCUACGGUUCAACUGACCGAACUGCGUGGACUGAAUCAAAUGGAUUUGUGGAAUGAUCUCUCCGGAUGGUACGAGGCCGGUUUCUCUCCAAUCCUUACUGUGCAUCAUUGGAAAAGCUGGCACUUUUACCCAAUCACACUCGCACAUAUUGUCUCCGAAGUGGCAGGCCCGGACUCUGUAUUGCAACGAUAUCUCUUCGACAACAAUACAGUGUUUACGAACGGCUACAGCAUCGCGCAGUAUCCAACAGGCUUGCCAGAUCUCAAUCUCGUGGAACUCACAAUGACCGAGGACGUCAAUCUUGAAAGGCCGCCCGAGGUGCUCGAAUUCCACCACAGCAUGGGCCAUACUCGGCCCGCAUUAGAACUGGGCAAGGAAAAGGUUCAAUGGAAGUUUGAGCAUGCAGUUUCAACGCCAGACGGCACGGUGAGGCAAUUCUACGUGAAGAAAUCGGAUUCAGACUACAGCAUAAUUGAGAUCGACUGGAGAUGA